CCACCAGGACACACUUAACCCGCCUUUCCGCUCCUCCAGCCCCAGGCCGCCGCGUCCUGCCCGUGCCUCCGUCCCGACCACAGAGCCUCCUCGGCGGGACGGGUGGCGCUGCGGACACUGGGGACGUCUUCGCAGGCAUCUGGCACGGGGACGAGGGGGACAUGGAGCCGCCCUCUAAGGAAGGCUCAGUCCCUGCGACGUCGGCCACUUUUCGCUUCGCCCAUUCUUUCUGUUAUCUUCCAGGGAUUUCUUUUGGACGGUCCUCUUGUUUAAGCUACCGUGUUUAGGCGGCUAAAGCUGAAACUCCUGGUCGCCAAAAACAUCAGCGUGUCCUGUCUAACCUACAUGGCGGCUGUCCCACUGGAAAGAGGAGACAUUCAAUGGAAGUGUUGGUCCAGUCCAGAGACUCCCAAACUCCCCUUCAAAUGACAUCAUGCAUGUGUGUGGUUGCCCGCUGAUACACACCAUGUCUUCACCGGAGGUCGUCUUGGGUUUCCUGGAGGACGCAGAGUCUUGGAGGCUUCGCUCCCCGCAGUUCCCCAGUAAAGUCGGCGGGAAACCGGCGUGGCUUUGCCUACGAGACCUGCCCUCACUUUCCGGGCUGGAGUGUGAGACAUGCCGCCUACCGAUGGCCUUUCUGCUGCAGGUGUACGCUCCAAUUUCCGGUCAAGACAGAAGUUUCCACAGAACCCUCUUUGUGUUCUGUUGUAAAACUCCUGAGUGCUAUGCUCACAGUGACAGCUGCUGCAUGAAAGUUUUUAGAAGUCAGCUGCCUCGGAUGAAUGACUUCUACUCAUAUGAGCCACCAGCAGAGGAUGAGCCCCCUGGCCACUUGGAUGCAGACCAGAGUGUGUUGCCCACAUCAGGAGUUAAACUCUGUUGGGUGUGCGGUUGCCCCGGCAGCAAAGCCUGCUCUCGCUGCCACACCGUCACAUACUGCGGGAAACACCACCAGACGCUCCACUGGAAGAACACGCACAAGAAGGAGUGCUCCAGCGGCCACAAGGACACAUCCGCCUGCUCGUUUCUCUUCCCGGAGUUUGAGCUUUUAACAGAGCCUGAGGUGGAAGAGGAGGACAAGGGGGAUGAAGGAGAUGAGGCCAUCACUCAGACGAGUGCAGACUUUUCCUCUUUAGCAGAAACACUAGCAGAGACAGACCUGGAAGAAAUGGCCAUGCAUGAGACUGAGGAACACAAAGUGUUCCAGCACUUUAAAAGGAAGAUUGCACCGGAGCCUCACCAGGUUUUGCGUUACAGCCGAGGCGGCUCUCCACUGUGGGUGUCGUCACAGCAUAUCCCAUCAGAUACAGACAUCCCAGCAUGCACCUGUGGCGCCAAGAGGACUUUUGAGUUCCAGGUGAUGCCCCAGCUGCUCAACAGUCUGUGUGUGGACUCCAAAGGAGCCAGUAUUGACUGGGGAACUCUGGCCAUUUAUACCUGUUCUGUCAGCUGUAGCCAUGACGAUCAGUACUGCCUUGAGUUCAUUUGGAAGCAGGACUUCAGCUCAGACCAGCAAAGUCAAAUUAAACAGCCAUAAAUGUCCCAA